AUGUCAACAGAGCCACGGGUAACCAAUUUAGAACUAUCGAACAGAUGGAGACACCUCCAGCUAGCCCUAGAUCAUGCUUGGAGUCGCUGGAAAAAUGAGUACCUUGCAGAACUACGAGAGGGACACCGAUACGGGAAGAAAUGUGAUCAUCCUCAGAAGAUUUGUGUCGGUGACAUAGUCCUCAUACAUGAGGAGAACCAACCACGUUGCUUGUGGAAACUGGCAAAGGUUAUCGAGUUGAUAACCGGCUCUGAUAAUAAGGUGAGGAAAGCUGUAGUGAAAGUGCAAUCAGCAAAGGGGAAGAUAACUACACUAAGACGUCCACUACAACGGCUUUAUCCUCUAGAGGUGUGUGCGGAUAUCUGUGCUGAAGCUCCUGAUGAAGCAGCUAGGGGAGAUAGUCCAGAGAUCUACCCUAUCGAUCAGGACUCGAGAGAAAGGAGACCAAGGAGAGCAACUGCCAUUGCUGCGGACCAAAGGAGAAAGUCCUGGCUUAAACUAUUAGCGUGA